AUGAGCGGUGCCCCCGGCGGGCCCCGGCCGAGGACCCCGCCGAGCCGCGCCGCCGCCUCCGCCGCGGGCGCCCCGUCGCCCCGGCCGCCCCCCGCCGACCCGCUGCGCCAGGCCAGCCGGCUGCCCAUCCGCGUCCUGAAGAUGCUCAGCGCCCACAGCGGCCACCUCCUGCACCCCGAGUACCUCCAGCCGCUCUCCUCCACGCCCGUCAGCCCCAUCGAGCUGGACGCCAAGAAGAGCCCGCUGGCGCUGCUGGCGCAGACGUGCUCGCAGAUCGGCAAGCCGGACCCGCCGCCCGCCUCCAAGCUCAACGCCGUGGCCGCCGCCGGGCUGCCCGCCGCCGACAAGGAGCCCCCGGCCCGGCCCGCCGCCCCCAAGCCGCCGGGCGCUGCCGACGCGCCCCCCGAGGACAAGUCCAGCUUCAAGCCGUACGCCAAGGGCGGCGGGGAGCCGCGCAAGGAGGGCGGCGCGGACAAGGCCGGUUUUCGGGUGCCCAGCGCCGCCUGCGCCCCGUUCCCCCCGCACGCCGCCGCCGUCGCCUCGCCCGGCGGCUCCCGCGGCGCCUCGCCGCAGCACGCCGACCCCAAGGGCGCCGAGGAGAAGAAGGAGCCCGAGGCGGGCAAGGCCAGCCCCGAGGGGGCGGGCGGGGGGCGCGGGGCCGCCGAGCCCGGGGCGCACGGCGAGCCCGCCUCGGGCCGCAAGUCGGAGCCGCCCGCCCUGCCGCCCGCCGGCCACGUGGCCCCCGUCUCGCCCUACAAGCCGGGCCACUCCGUCUUCCCCCUGCCGCCCUCCAGCAUCGGCUACCACGGCUCCAUCGUGGGCGCCUACGCCGGCUACCCCUCGCAGUUCGUGCCCGCGCUGGACCCCACCAAGCCGGGGCUGGUGGGCAGCCAGCUGCCGGGGGCGCUGGGGCUGCCGGGCAAGGCGCCCAGCUCCAGCCCGCUGACGGGCGCCUCGCCGCCCUCCUUCAUGCAGGGAUUAUGCAGGGACCCGUAUUGCCUGAGCUACCACAGCGCCUCGCACCUGGGCACCGGCAACUGCUCCAGCUGCGUGCACGACCCCGGCAGCCUGAAAAGCGGAUACCCCUUGGUGUACCCCACGCACCCGCUGCACUCGGUGCACACCACGCUCUCCUCCAGCGCCACCCCCAGCCUGCCCGGCCACCCGCUCUACACCUACGGCUUCAUGCUCCAGAACGACCCCCUGCCCCACAUAUGCAACUGGGUGUCUGCCAGCGGACCCUGCGACAAGAGGUUUGCCACCUCGGAGGAGCUGCUCACCCACCUACGGACCCACACGGCCCUGCCGGGGGCCGAGAAACUCUUGGCGGGCUACCCUGCCUCGGGGCUGGGCUCGGCCGCCUCGUGCCACCUGCACCUCCCGCCCGCCGCCCCCGGCAGCCCCACCACGCUCCCCGGAUCCCUGUCCUUGCGGAGUCCACACACUUUGGGACUAAACAGGUACCACCCGUACGGCAAGAGCCAUUUGCCCGCCGCCGGCGCCCUGCCGGUGCCCUCCUUGCCCGCCGCCGGACCUUACUACUCCCCCUACGCGCUCUACGGCCAAAGACUAACUUCAGCUUCUGCACUCGGAUAUCAGUAACUACCGCAGCCCCAGCCCCUUCUCCAGCCUCCCCCGGCCCCCUCCACCCUCCUGGGACUGUGUAUUUAUUUACUGUAUGUUAGCUUAAAGCUGGGAAUAUAAGUGCAUUAAUACACCAAUGAAUCAAUGGUAUGCAAAAAGUCUGUGUCCAAAAAAAAAAAAAAGAAAAAAGAAAAAAAUCUUUACUUUGCAGGUGUGGGGCUUUUAUUUUUCCCUUCUGUUUCUUUUGAGUUUUUUUUCCCCCUUUAAUUUCCCCCCCCCCCCCGAGAAAUUCUUGCAUGACUCUCGACAAACAAAAAGAACCAUUUCUUCCUCCUCCUCCUCCUCCUCGCUUAUCAUUUUGGAAUUCCGUUUCUCUUCAUUUGUAAACUUGACAGAUGUAAUUUUUUUUUAAUGUGUUUUGGGGAUGGGGGUGGCUCCGGGAGGAAGGAAAGGGCGAAGGCCGUGCCGUGCCGUGCCGUGCCGUGCCGGCCCGGCAGCUCUCUCCGUGCCGGAGCGCGGCGGCGGCCGUGCCGCGGCCUCGGGGCUCCCGGGCGCCGCGGGAAGGAGGACGAGGCCG